UGCAUAUUAUUGUUGUCCUCACAAAUUUUUGAAUCUGAAUUUCAGGUUUGAAUACUAUGAACCUUUUGAAUGACAUCCCAGAAUUAGAAGGCAGAAACUAUGGGAAGUGGUACCAGAAGCUAGAAAUCGCUCUGGCGAUGGCCAACAUAGAUUUUGCCAUCAAUACACCUCAGCCACAAGAACCAGAAAAGCCUGUGAGGGCUCAGAAUGAAACUGACGUUGCAUUCGCUGUUCGUCAGAAGAAAUAUGAUGCAGAUAAGACCUUGUAUGACAAGGAGAUGGCACCGUGGGCAGAUUCAAACCGCAAGUGCUUAUUGAUCAUUAAAGGUUCUAUCUCAGAAUUCAUCAGAAUGGCAAUCACUGCUUGCCCCACCGCUACAGAAUACCUCCAGAAAAUAAAGAGUCAGUUCACUGGCUCUUCCAAGGCUUAUGCUUCUACUCUUGUAGAGCAGCUAAUUACAAAGAAAUACACUGGUGGUGGAAUCAGAGAUCAUAUUCUAGAGAUGAGCCUCAUGGCCAACAAGCUAGUGACAAUGGAUAUGCCUUUGCCAGAACCGUUCCUUGUCCAGCUUGUUUUCAAGUCCAUUCCAAAGGAGUUUGCGACUUUUCACGUCAAUUACAACACCUUUCUAGAAAACUGGGACAUUGAGAAGCUGAUUGCCAUGUGCGCUCAGGAAGAAGGAAGGCUGGAAAAUGCCAAUGGUGGUGGUGAACCUGUCUUCCAAGUCCAGCACCAGAAGAAAAAGAACCCCCAAAAAAAUUACCAGAACUACAAGAGACCCUUCCCGCCAAGCAAGAAUCAGCAUGAAAGUGGUCCUUCCAGACCGCCUCCAUGCAAAAAAGAUUGGUCGGACUUCCCAGUUGAUAAAGACCAAUGCCUCAAAUGCAAGAAAAGAGGGCACUACAAGAGGCAAUACCCAGAAUUUCUCAUGGAGCUGUUAAAGAACGGGGACAAGUAUGAGCCAGACCCUACCAAGAGGAGGAAGAAGAAUUAAAGUGGCGAACGGAGAAUAAGCUGAAGUUGAAGCCAUA